CAGAACAACAAUCAUAAUAAAACCUGAAUAAAUGUGUUAUAACUGAGUAGGAUUUAUUACAGCUGUAUUUAGUUCGCUACAACAACAGGUUCACACCAAAAAUUACCUCUGAAGCAGAGAAUAUUAUUUUGAAAAUUCAAAGCGGAAAUAGUUUUUGUAGCUUAGCUGUCUUUCUUACAGUUAAUGGGGAUCCAAACUUUAGGGUAAAUUAAAGAUGGAAUCGACAGAAAACCUUUCCGGCCAGGAAGUCGGUGUUGAGCAGGAUGCUACACCGACUCUCGUGGAUGUGGACACGGCGUUGUUGCUGCUGGGAGCGGGAGUAACAGCCAUCACACACCCGCUGCUAUACGUGAAGCUGCUAAUACAGGUGGGACAUGAACCUCUUCCCCCAACUGUGGGCACAACUAUGUUUGGACGAAGAGUCUUAUACCUGCCUGGCUUCUUCUCCUACGCACGUCACAUUGUGAAAGUAGAUGGAAAGAGGGGACUCUUCCGCGGCCUCUCGCCCCGUAUCAUGUCCAGCGCCAUCUCCACUGUGGUCAGGAGCAAAGUGAAACAGCAGGUGGAGCUCCUAUCCAAGAAAGAAGAGCUGCAGACAUCACUUAGGAAAGUGGUGAAGGAGACCUCACAUGAGAUGAUCAUCCAGUGCCUGUCCAGAGUAGCCACUCAUCCUUUUCAUGUUAUGUCAGUGCGGUGUAUGGCCCAGUUUGUUGGCAGAGAGGUGAAGUACGGUGGGAUAUUCAGUUGUAUUGUCAAGAUUUUUAAGGAGGAAGGAGUUGCUGGAUUCUAUGUCGGGCUCAUACCCCAUGUGGCGGGAGAAGUCCUCUUCCUGUGGUUUUGUAACCUCCUGGCUCACUUUAUCAACACCUACGCUGUAGACGAAAGUUUCACUCAGGCCUCGGCGGUACGAAGCUACACUAAGUUUGUGAUGGGCAUUGCAGUGAGUGCUCUGACAUACCCAUUCAUGCUGGUGGCCGAUAUUAUGGCAGUCAACAACUGUGGCUUGGCUGCAGGUCUUCCUCCUCACUCUCCCAUCUUCAAGUCGUGGCUGCACUGCUGGAAUCACCUCAACCACAAGGAUCAGCUCUUCAGAGGAUCCAGCUUCUUUUUCCGCCGGGUGCCCGUCACCUCCUGGCCCUCCACCGAGGAAUAACAUCAUCAUCAUUACAUCAUCAUCAUUACAUCAUCAUCAUUACAUCAUCGUCUGCUGGGAUGUUCUUCCUCUGUCUGCUCACAAACAUCCCCACCCCCCCGGCCCAGAGGUGGAAAGAGUACAGAAAUAUUCCACUAAAGUAAAAGUACUUAUAC